AUGGAUCUCUUAGGGGCCUUGAACUUCAUACGCAAUGUUUCCGACGAAUCCCUUCACACGCACGCUACACAGACAAUUUUGACGCUCAAAGAGAUUGGAAAGCGACUUCAGUUCAAUUUAAUACCCAGCCCAUCCUCUGUGGUGGCCACUCCGCUAUGCAUUGAAUCUGAUGGGUCGCGGCCGCCUACAAACUCGGCGGUGCACACUGCGAAUAAUCUUUGUCCCAGCCCAUCCGAAAGUCUCUCAGCCUCUACAUCUCAAGCGCAUUCACCUAUACACGAAACUCAGGAUCCCCUAGAGCAAAUCGCUCCGGCUACAGAGAAAUUAGAGGGAAAGAACCAAGGAAAGAAACUCGGCACUCUCAAAUCUCUCUUGCGAGGCAUUCAAAGAGAGACCUGGUGGCUUCUCGAGGCCCGACAACUUGAAGACGAUUUUAUUUUAUCACGCAAGCGAAAAAUGGGAGAAGACAUUCGAUGGCAACAUAUUGCAAUCCCAGAGGGUGUCAGAUCAAAUGAUCCAGUGUCCAAACUACGCCGUGUUCUUGCAUUGAGAUCAGUAGGGCAAGAGUACCAAAAUAAGCAGGAAAAAAAUGGUAUUUCUCCAACAAGACUCGAGGAACUCUACAAUCACCUGUCCUCUCCCGAAACCUCGACUUUGAACCUGAAUGCCAACCACACUGUCAAAGAGAAGUUCCAAACCAGAUCCUUACAUUGUGGACUUAGACAUUUGUUAAUUGAAAAAGCACUGAACGCUCUUCUUGCAAAAAAAGGUCUUGUGGGGACUUAUCUUGUCCUCUCGGCUUUUGAAUGCCUAGAAGAGGGACUAUAUAAAUCUAACGGGGGCAGAAUCGAGGAAGAGAAGAAAGCGGGUACUACGCUAAUCGAUUAUACGAAGCUACUAUCCGCGAAAGGCCCUACCGACGGAUUUACUGUAGCGGAGAAAGCUACGACUAGAAAGUUUAUAGAAGACGCUAGAUACGGAUUGAGUACACGGGCUCUUAGGAUCGGUAAAGGCGAUUAUACGCGCCUAUAUAAUCUUGAAAAUCCUGAGGUUAUAGAGAGGUUGAAAAACUAUUCGGUCUUAGAAUUUGGGGUAGAUAAGUCCGCGUUUACCUUUCUCCUACCUAAAAACGAUACCUUAUUCGUCUGUUCUAUCAUCCUAGUACGCGAGGGAGACUUCCUCGGUAUCUUUACUAGCUACAUUAGCUUUUCGACGGACGUGAGCGUCACGUACGGUAUCCGCGGCCCUGUUGACAAUCUGUAG